AAAAAGGUCAGGCUGCUGGAGGAACAACCCGAGAAUGAUGCUGUUGUGAGGACCACUGUAAGCUCAUCUCAUGACAAGAACUACACCUCCGCGCCAGGAACUACAACUGGGAGCACAGUUGUUCGAGCAGGUCAAACCCCAACCGCGGGAAAAAAAUCAGGUUCAACGACCACGAGAACAAACGCGACCACUACCAGUACGAUCAACAAGAAAACCAAGCUCGUCUUUUUCGAGCCGCGUGACGGAUACAGUUCGCAGACGACAGAAAGACGCGAGAACGAAGAGACCCAGUUCGAGCACAAUCGCGACUUUGAAUUGCCGUAUCUUUGCCACCCGCUGAUCGCCGAAAAGUGGCUUUUGGACGAGAAAACAAGGAAAGCGCUGUUUGAUACUAGAAGUAGUACAACAGCUGCUCCAGAUCAUCAUUUUCAGGCCAAAUACACAACUCAAGAAGCGCUCGCCAUCCAGACCUCUGACGGCUUGGUUCCUAGCA